CCGUCUAGAAGCCAACCCAAACGCCCAAACCCAAGAAAAGACUACGCGAGGCAUGGCGUACAUAUAAACACGACCGUGCACUGAGACAACACCUUCUCCGAUCCUCACCAAACCACGAGUCUCGCCGCCGCUGCAUUCGUACAGGCAGCAGCUUACACACCGGCCGGCGGCGGCGUGCAAAUUAGGAUCGGAGCUUCGAUCAUGGGAGACUACCACAGGAUCCACCCGGUGACGGUGGGCUCUCCGCCGCCGCCGUCCGCGCCGCCGGAGCAGGCCAGCAGGGGCAAGAAACCCAGCCACGACCAGCUGCAGCUGCCGGUCACGGCGCCCGCGCCGCUGCCCCCGCCGCCGCGCCGCAAGCGCCGCCACAGCCGCUGCUGCCGGUGCGUGUGCUGGACCCUGCUCGCCGCCGUCCUCCUCGCCGUGGCGCUCGCCGCCACGGCGGGCAUCCUCUACCUCGUGUUCCGCCCCAAGAUCCCCAACUUCAGCGUGGACCGGCUCACCGUCACCCGGUUCGACGUGAACGCCACGACCAUGACGGUGACCGACGCGUUCGACGUCGACGUGACCGCCACCAACCCCAACAAGCGCAUCGGCAUCUACUACGACGGGGGCGACGUCGCGGCCUUCUUCAACGGCACGCAGCUCUGCCGCGGCGACUUCCCCACGCUGUACCAGGGGCACCGGACCACCGUGCAGCCGCGCAUCACGCUCGCCGGAGAGACGCGGCUGGACAGCGCCGUCGCGGGGCAGCUGCUGCGGCAGCAGCAGGCCGGGUUUGUGCCGUUGACGGUGCGCGCCCGUAUUCGGAUCCGCAUAAAGUUCGGAGCCAUCAAGCUAUGGAAGAUGACAGGGAAGGGUGAUUGCAACUUCGUGGUCGAUAAUCUCCGGGCAGGCACUCAGCUUCGCGUCCGAUCCAACAGUUGCAGUUUUAAGCUUAAGAUCUAGACAUCUUAAUUUUGCUCAUCAUUAGUUCGUUUGUUCUAUUCCUUGCGCCGUGUACAGUGCAUUAGCUAUAUAUCAAUAAGAUUGCAUCUCCCAUCCAUUUUUAUGAAUCCAUUCAGGCAGCUAGCCUCGGCUAGCGGGGUGGUAGAGAUGCAGUGCAAUUUCUCUCCAUUCUUUUCGGCAUGUGUAUUCAUCAUUUGAGUGUAAAAAUAUAAUAGUUACCAGCCAUGAAAUUAUUUAUAUAUAAAAAUAUACAUAUGUUAAUAAAGGAUUUUAUUAUAUUUAA